AUGAACACGAAAAUUGUGGCCCUAGAGAGGGGAACAGCCCCAGAAGAAAGCUUCAGGCCGGGCCAACAUCCCUUUACAAGGGAGCUCAUGAGAGCAGAGCUUCCCAAGGGUUUUAAACCCCCUACGUUCGAGGCUUAUGAGGGGAAGGGCGAUCCCAACAAGCACAUCAGUUACUUCAAUGCCAUGAUGACAGUCUAUGGUGGGUCCGAUGUAGUAUCCAACCGAUCUUUCCUGACCUCUUUCAAGGGGCCCGCAGCAUUGUGGUUCGCCAAAAAGCCUAACUUGAUCCGAAGCUUCACAGAGUUGGCCAAGGCCUUUAUCAGCCGCUUCCAGAUCAAUGUAAAGCAGAAGAAGACCACAACCAACUUGUUGGCUGUCAAACAGCGCUCUGAUGAGUCCAUCAGAGAUUAUAUCGCCCGCUUUAACGUGGAGAGCCUGGAGAUCAAGGACCUGGACGAUGCGAUGGUUUUCAACACCCUGCACAAUGGAAUCACCAACCACGAUCUAGUAAAGUCGCUUGCGCUAGAUCCGGUGAUGACUAUGCCACAGCUACUAGAUCAUUGUUACCAAUACGCCAACAUGUUCGAUAUCAUGAAGGCGAGAAAAGCAAUAGAUGGAAAGGCUCCCGAGAAGAAAAGGACGAGUGAAAAGGAAGACAAGAAGAGGGACGGCAAGAGAGCGAGGUUAGAGAGGGAUUCAAGUCCUGAGUAUACCCCGCUCAAUACCACCAGGACUAAAAUCAUGAUGGAGGUAUCGGAUCGAGGGUUGCUGCAAUGA